AUGUCUGCGGGUGGGGAGAGGGCGAGCUCAGCGGACCAAGGCGGGGGCGAGGACGGGCCGGGCACGGCAUUCAGAAUAGUCCAGCGUUUGACCUACCGUCGUAGGCUGUCCUAUAAUACAGCCUCUAACAAAACUAGGCUGUCCCGAACCCCUGGUAAUAGAAUCGUUUACCUUUAUACCAAGAAGGUUGGGAAAGCACCAAAAUCUGCAUGUGGCGUGUGCCCAGGCCGACUUCGAGGAGUUCGUGCUGUGAGACCUAAAGUCCUUAUGAGGUUGUCCAAAACGAAAAAACACGUCAGCAGGGCCUAUGGUGGUUCCAUGUGUGCUAAGUGUGUUCGUGACAGGAUCAAGCGUGCUUUCCUUAUCGAGGAGCAGAAAAUCGUUGUGAAAGUGUUGAAGGCCCAAGCACAGAGUCAGAAAGCUAAAUAAAAAAAUGAA